AUGAAGGGAAUCGGAAAGGCGCUGUCGCGAACGCCGUUCGCUGUUACCAGCAAGAUUGGCAUGGCAAAGAGGUCUGUUGAUCCCGAGUUCGACGAUUACCAGCGCCAUUUCGCUUCUCUCGAGCAAGCUGCUGAGAAAAUUAUCAAGGAUACCAAAGCAUUUACAGAGGCUGUCACAAAUCUCUUCACAGCCGGGGCCGGCUUUGCAACUCAUUUCACUGUUAUCUUUCAACCUAUUGCUGGGGAAUACGAUCUCAUCGGAAAACAUCCAGAGGCUGCACAUACCAUUCGUAAUGUUACCAAAUACGAGACCGCUAUGCAGGAAUUGCGAGAACUUAUCGGUCCCGAGUUGGAGUUGAUAGAGACUAGGAUCUCUGGCCCUGCGAAGGAGCUCCAGUCAGUGAUGAAGCUUAUUCGUAAAACCAUCACAAAACGAGAUCACAAGUUGACUGACUAUGAUCGCUUCAAUAAUUCCUUGACGAAACUGAGGGACAAAAAGGAUAAGUCAUUGAGCGACGAGAAGAACUUGUUCAAGUUGGAACAAGACUUUGAAGUUGCCACCAAUGAAUAUGAGUAUAUCAACAAUGCAUUAAAGCAGGAUUUCCCUCGUUUCAUGAUGCUUGCGACCCAAUUUAUUGAUCCACUAUUCAACUCUUUCUUUUAUAUGCAACUCAACAUCUAUUAUUUGCUUUUGGAAAAAAUGCACAGUUUUGCGGAUGAGAGCAAAUACGAUGUAUCAAAUGUACCUGGUGCCCAAAUCGCUCAAGAGUACGAAGAAAAACGCACAGAUGCAUGGAGUGUCAUCGAGAACCUUGGUAUCAUCAAGCGCAUCGUCUCAGUUUCAAGACUUGUACAACAAUCUCGAGCGCAGAACAGCCAGACAAGCCUUGGCCGGUCUGCGACGACAUCGACGACUGCCUCUCCAUCCUCUAGUCUGAGAGCAGGUGCACCUCCCACACGGUCUGUAUCUGGGGCAUCCUCGUACACAAAGGCCGCACCACCACCUCCCAGUUCGUUCCAAGCUGCGGCACCCCCGCCAUAUACCCCCUCUUCAAGCGCAGGAGCUAGUGCUGCUGCGACGAAAAGGGCACCGCCACCUCCGCCACCAUUGAAGCCCAAGCCCAAGGCAGCGCCCGAAGUAAAAUACGUGGUCGCACUGUACGAUUUUACGGCCCAGGCGGACGGCGAUCUGUCGUUCAAUGCGGGUGACAGAAUUGAACUGGUGGAAAAGGCAGAGAGCGCUGAAGACUGGUGGACUGGACGGCUAAACGGAGUGCAAGGAGUGUUCCCCGGAAACUAUGUGCAGGAGACAUAA